AUGGACAUCGACCACGACCCACUCACAACCACGCUCCUCCGCCUCGUGCGCGUCCAAGAAUCCCACAGCGCCCUCCUGCAGUCCAUCGUCUCCCAGCAAGCGGCGCAGGCACGCGCGCUCGAGGGCCUCGCCCGGCGCCUAGACGACAACGGCAUGGUCCACACCGUAUCUGGUGCGCUACGCGAGCUCGUCAACGCCCAGCAGAGCCAGGGACACGCGAUUCUCAACCUCAUGGGCGACGUGCGCGCCGUCAUGCGCGCCGUUGGGGCACAGGUGCCCGAUCGGUGGGGCAGGCCGACGAUGCUCCCUGCGGUGGCGGAGGGAACGCCCAUGCCCAAGGCGACGGUACGGCCUGCGCCCUUGGGUACCCACAUUCCCCCGCAGGUGACACGCGCACCUGCUACCCCCGAGUCCAAGGGCGCUGUCCCCCUCCCCCUCGCCGGUGGCAUCGUCAAGCCGACCCGCACGGUGGAGACCACGUCGACACCACCUGCCCCGCUCACUCCGCUCCCGGUCACUUCGCAGCCCAAGCCUCGGGCAGCACCGACACCCAAGCCUCAGGUAGCACCGACACCCAAGCCCCCUGCUGUGGCACCAACAUCAUCGCCAAAGACCACGACCUUUCCACCCUCCGCUAAGCCUAAACCCCUCGCCAGCACAAGCAAUUCAGCGUCCACCUCCACCACGGCCCUCAAGCCCAUCCCCAAGCCCAAGCUCACUCCGAAGCCCGACCGCGCGCGUCUCCGCGCCGAGCCCCCCUACUGUGCCUCGUGGAACGAGGGCAACGGCGCCUGUGACCCGCACACCUGCCCGCUCCUGCACGAGUGCUUCGCCUGCGCUGCGGUGGGUCGGCCCUCGAAGCAUCGGUACCACUCAGGCCGGUGCCUCAAGGGGUUGAAGUGA